AUUAUAGAAAAAUGAAACUCUAUGCUGAAGUUGAGGUAGUAAAUAGAUCCCUAGCGUGCCACAAUAUGAAGGGUAUAGGUAAGAAGGUUAGAUCUCAUCUCGCUAUAGGGAAAAAACCUCUUCCUGAUGGAAAACAUGAAUUGUUUAUUAUGAUCACAAAUGCGCAGAACAAACAGGGCACAAAGUACAUGAUAAUGAACAAUAUCCAAACAGUAUUCACGAAGCUGAUAAACGAAGGGAAGACGACAAUACGCUUAAAGGAACCUGACCAUGAUAUAUGUAUCAAAGGAGACGUAAUAGAAGUAAAGAGCUUCUUGUCAGUGCUGAAGAAGGUCUUAACGGGACAGGAUGUGGAGAAACUAACCCUGUCCUCCUUGCAACCCCUGUCUAGUAAACAGAUAUCUGGACCUAAACGCAGACUUCAUGUUACUAAACGAGGAGAUUAUCCGGUUAAAGAAGGGUUUCCUCAGACACUCACCAGCGUCAGGAUUAAUGAUAUCAGGUUAGCAAGAAUAGAUUCUAGGCUGCUGAAGCUGGUCAACCUGACCGAGCUGGAUAUGGCAGGGAAUGAGAUUGAGCUGGUUCCAGACAAUUUCGAUUCUCUUCCAUCUCUCACGCAACUAAAUCUAGCGGAUAAUCAAAUUUCCAGUUUACCAAGAGGUUUCUGCACUGGUUUAAUGGCAAAAUCAUUGAAACUUCUUAAUCUAAAUGGAAACAAAAUUAAACUGUUACCAAACUAUUUCUGUCAGCUGAGGACUCUUGUAACCUUGAGUUUGAACAAGAACGAGUUAACCCUCCUCCCUCCCUCAUUGGGGAAGUUGAGACUACUCAAGCAUUUGUCAGUUUGUGAUAAUCAUCUCAAGAUCCUUCCUGGUAGUUUCAGUUCUCUGAGAUUAGAUUCUCUGGAGUUAUCAAACAACCCUAUGGAUGAAGCAUCAACUAGAGUACUGAGUAACAAGCUUGAACCUGUAUCUUCCCUGCUAGAGAUAUCUGCGAGCACAGUGGUCAAACUAAGGAUCAACUACGACCCAGAAGAUCUUUUCCCUCAGCUUCUCGCAUAUUUAGAUUCCGGUAUGCAUUGCCCUUGCAGCAAACCAGUUUGGAACAAUGUAGCCAGGGCACUUGUCAAGCUUAGCUUAUCCAGGGUGUCUAGUACCUUUUCUUGUGAUGGAUUGAACGAGGUUUGUAUGGAUGCAUCUCUGUGUUCUAGCAGAUGUUUAAAUCUUUUCAUGAACAAUCCCUUCGCAUUCUGAUCCAUUGUUGACAUUUGUCUAACAACAAUCCCUCUAGAGGGUCAGGUCUGUUCCAUGUUCUUUCCAUCCAUACAGAGGAUCAGAUCUGUUCCAUGUUCAAUCAAUCCCUUCAGAGGAUCAGAUCUGUUCAUAAACAAUCCCUACAGAGGAUCAGAUCUGUUCAUAAACAAUCCCUACAGAGGAUCAGAUCUGUUCAUAAACAUUCCCUACAGAGCAUCAGAUCUGUUCAUCAACAAUCCCUACAGAGGAUCAGAUCUGUUCAUAAACAAUCCCUACAGAGGAUCAGAUCUGUUCAUAAACAAUCCUUACAGAGGAUCAGAUCUGUACCAUGUUCUUUCCAUCCUUUCAGAGUUCAAAGAUAAUAUUUGUUCAAACAAGGAUCCCUUCAGAUUAUAAAUCUGUUCGGAACAAUCCCGACUGGAAUUAAAUUGAAAGCAAACAUUCAAUAACAAUUCCUACAACUGUGAUGUAUGUAAACCAUAUGUUUAUGGCCCUUAAACAUUCGCACUGUAAAUUAUUUAAUUCAAAUGGUUUAGUAUCCUUUGAAGUUUUUGAUAGGAGCUAUGCCUCAGGUUUUAUUGUUUUAUGUCUAGACAUUUGAAGUUUUUAAAUCUAUUUUUCAGAAGAAAAUGUAUGAAAAGAAACUAGAUCUGGUUCGGGUCAACAAGGAUAACAUUAACAGACUUGAAGUUGUGAUCCUUUCAACCCUUCCUGUCAGAUAUCCACCAUCAUUCUUCAAAUCCAUUAUAUCGGGCAGUAAUGUCGCAUUUUUGGCUGAGGUUGAAGGGAGAUGUGUUGGUUGUGUGGUGUGGAGAGAGGAGGAAGCUGGGUCUCAUCUUCUCACUUUAGGAGUUAUGCUCCUCCACAGAAGAAAGGGGUUUGGCUCAGCACUUCUCAAUCUCUUCAUCAAACAGUGCAAAUCUAAG